AUGCUGCAAGCUAUCUUCCCGUUAGUCUUCCCAGAGGAGCAAGAAAUCGAAUGGGGCCGCAUCAAGUCCAAGAUAUUGACAAUGCACCGUCAGUACAUAGCAGAGCGUCAGAGACUUGGUCAGACAGGCAGUGGUUUGCUCUUCGAGCACCUUUCAGAGGGCAUUCCAGACUGGCACAGGAUGGCUCUUGACCGUGGUGAUACAACACCUUCAGAAGUAGCUCAAGCAGGCUCCUAUGAUGCUCGAGAUGCGUCAGACUCUGGUUCAUGCAACAACACAGCAGCAAAUCAGAAGCAAGACAUUGAGACUGACCUUGAAAUCAAUGCGACAGACGAUGAGUUGGAGAGUGCAUUGAAUCGAAGAGGUUGGCCCUCUUUGGAUCAAUUGGCAGCCAGCUCUCAGGCCGAUUCUUUGGGAAAAAGGCUCUCCAGACCAGUGACACCAAAUCGCUCUGGUCGUCAAAGCUACAUGGAAGAUAAAGAUGCGGCAGAAGAGGAGCAAUUAGUAGCUGACAGGCAGCAAUCCAAGUCUCAGUCAAGCCCUCGGUUAGCAACACUCCUUCGUCCAGCAGCAAAGAGAGCAAGGACUUCAUCUCGGAAGGCAACAGAAGAAAGGGAUGCCUUGAUUGCAACACUUGUACAGUCCAAGCAGGAGAGGAACGAGGCACGUAUCAAGAAGGAAGAGGAAAAGACAAAGCGAGAGGAGCUCAAAACACAGCGAGCUCUUGCUCAGGUGCAAUGGGAGAAGGAGAGGCUUGACCGUGAGGAGAGGUGGAAGCGAGACGAGCUAGACCGGCAGGAGACACAGAGACAAGAGGAUCUUGCAAGAGAAGAACGAAGACGCAAAGAGGACAAGCAACAGUCCAUUGACCUGGCUUCACAGAUUGUCGAGUUGCUCCAGUCUCGAUCUCAGUCUCAGCAUCAGGAUAGCAGGGGGCUCUAUAUGCUGCUUGUUGUACCCUAG